UACGUACUGCCUCUCAACCUCUUUUCAACCUGAAACGUACUUUCCAUAACUGCCCAGUCAAUGCUAUUCAACCAUUGCGAUUGUUGUUGAUAGGUUGUCCAGGAUCAGGCAAAGGCACUCAAUCCACUCGACUUCAAAAGAAUUUUGGCGUCACUCAUCUAUCCAGUGGUGAUUUACUCAGAAGACAUAUCAGAGAACAAACAAGCUUAGGCAAUCAAGCUAGUCAGUAUGUCAGUCAAGGCAAACUGGUGCCUGAUGAUCUCUUGAUUUCCUUGAUUGACUCAGAACUCUUGGUUGGCAAUACAGUAAGUGAAUGAACGUUUUUAUGCUGACAAAUAAGAAUUGGUUAUUAGAUGGGUUUCCAAGAACCAUUCGACAAGCACAGGCACUAGAUGCUUCUCUUCAGAGACUAACACAGCCAUUGAACUUGGUCAUUAACUUACAAGUACCUGAACAAGUCAUUUUAGAGCGAAUCAUAGAUCGUUGGGUGCAUAUUCGUUCGGGCAGAGUUUAUAAUCUGUCAUAUAACCCACCCCUUGUGCCAGGCUUCGAUGAUGUGACAGGUGAACCCUUAUCAAAAAGACCAGACGAUACAGAACAAGUCUUUAAAGUUCGUUUAGAACAACAUCACCAAAUGGCCAUGCCCUUGUUGGAUCAUUACAAAGAUGUGGUAGUUCAUGUAAAGGGAGACACAAGCGAUGAAAUCUAUCCUCAAAUUGAAAAAGCCAUCGUUGACCGUCUAGGUGUUUUACCCUUUGAACAAGAUAUUCAGCUAUCUGCCAUCCAUUAAGCUUUUUAUUAUUAUUAUUAUUAUUGUUAUUAAAUGCCGCCUCCUAAUUCUCUUUCAAGAGCAUCCACAUCCAUGCCAAUAUCAUCACUGUUUUGUGUUAUAG